AUGACUUGCUACAAAUUAGCUCGGAGAGGGAGGGACGAAGGACCAAGCUUUUCAUCGCCGAGGUACCUUAUCCUUUCCCAGUUUGUGCAGCUGCCUCACAUACGCGUUGAAAUGUGGUGGCUGCUUAGCACGGGGAGCAUUAUAGUCGUUCUUCUCUUCGUCUAUUCCUUCUUCCGGCGCAAGAUGUUUGCCUUCAUCAUGGACCGUUUAAACUCUCCGCCGGACCCGAACAUGACGGCCAACAAGAAGUUCCUCGAGUCCUUGAGGGACGUCGUGUCCUCGGAUCCGGAGUUGAAGAAAUCCGGUCGGUUCCGCCUUCUCGAGAUCGGGGUCGGGACGGGGCUCAACUUCGGGUUCUACCCUUCGAACGCCAGGAUCAGCGUGUUAGAACCCAACAGCAACUUCAAACGGUACGUCCUCAAGAACAAGCAGAAGUUCCCCGACGUGGAACUGGAAAAUUUCUUCUUGGGGGUGGGCGAAGACAUGAAGAGUGUGCCCAGCGGAAGCAUGGACGUUGUCGUCUGCACUGGCGUCAUGUGCAGCGUUCAACCCAAAAACAUGGACAGAUUCCUGUCCGAAGUGAAGAGAGUUCUUGUAAGCAACGGGAGAUUUUACUUCUUCGAACACGUGGGGGACAGGCCGGGCACGUGGCGGCGAUGGGUGCAAGACGUGCUUCAGGCGACGUACCUCUACGGAUUCAUUACGUGUGACUGCAUUCCCAACAAGGACACCGAAGAGAUGGUGCAAAGAGCAGGCUUCUCCUCCGUGGACAUCACGAGGUUUUACCUUCAGCCGGUUUCUCCUCUCACGAGUGCGAAGGGCUUCAGCCUGCGCAUCUUGGCCUCUCAUAUCAGAGGCAUUGCGAUCAAGUGAAUUCGCGGAUUUUUUUCCGCAUCCGUUCGCAGUUUGGCGCUACUCUCUAUCUCAUUGGAAUGAAAAAAAUGGACUUCAGACUCUGGCAUCAUCUGACUCUGAAGGAAGAGUACAUGAAGCUUUCAAGCGAGAAAUAUUAAAAUUAAGUGAAUGGAAGUUUCGGUACGAUGAGUAGGGCAUGGUUCUGAUUAAUCAAUUAAUCAGAUAAUCAUUUUUAAUUUAAUCAUUAAUUAAUCAGAAAUAUUUUCAGAAAAUAAUGCAAAAUGAUCACUUUUUCCAUAUUUCAGGAUCAUUUUACCAUGAAUUUUGUAAUGUUGCAUUUGAAUUUGU